CAAUCGGUGAUCAUUGCAGUAAGACUUGUGUGGAUUAUUCAUUGGCGUAUCGGCAUAAUUUGGACUAGUGCCUCACGUCUUGAGCAGCUCUGAAGUUCGGUUUACUUUAAUAGGAUAUAAUGACUGAGAACGAAGAAUUUUACCUGCGCUACUACGUUGGUCACAAAGGAAAAUUUGGUCACGAGUUUUUAGAGUUUGAAUUCAGACCCGACGGGAAGCUAAGAUAUGCGAAUAAUUCACACUAUAAAAAGGAAACUAUGAUACGUAAAGAAGUUUAUGUUACGGAAGCAGUUCUUAAGGAACUCCGAAGAAUUAUCGAGCAAAGUGAUAUCAUGAAGGAAGAUGAUUCAAGGUGGCCAGAGCCAGAUAAAACGGGUAGACAGGAGCUAGAAAUAGUUUUAGGAAAUGAGCAUAUUUCUUUUGCGACAACGAAAAUUGGAUCAUUGCUAGACGUGCAAAAUAGUGAAGACCCAAAUGGUUUGAGAAACUUCUAUUAUUUGGUACAAGACCUCAAGUGUUUUGUGUUUUCACUCAUAUCCUUACACUUUAAAAUAAAGCCCAUCUGAUGUGCAACAGAACAAUACCAAUCGUAGAC